AAAAAAUGUAGAAUUUCAAAUCCUAAUAUACGAUUCGUUCAAAAUAGACCAAAGAUCCAUAGAUGGACAGAAGAAGAAUUGGAAACACUUCGUAUUGCAGUGAACAAACAUGGAAACAAGUGGAAAUAUAUUUCCGACAAUUAUUUUCCAUUAUCACGAACACCAAUUGCUGUUCAAAUAAGAUGGAGUAUUAUUAAUAGAAAUAUGUCUAGACCUAGGACAGAAGAAGAGGAUAAAAUUUUAAAGUAUGAAUAGAAAAAUAUGGAGUUGGGAAAUGGAAAGAAAUAGAAAAAUUAUUUGAUACAAAAGAUUAUGGUCAGAUACUUUUGAGAUGGGAAUCAAUUGAAGAUGAAAUACUACUUAAGUUGAUUAAAAAUUAUGGGCGUAAAUGGAAAAUGAUAAGUGAUGUAAUCGGUAGAACUUAUCAUCGAUGUUUGAAUAGAUACGAAGUUCUUAUAUCCAAACCUUGGACGAAAGAAGAAACUGAAAAACUUCGUGUAUCCAUUUUAAAAUACAAACAAGAUUGGCGUAAAAUAGCGGAUGAGUUUCCUGAUCGGUCCUUGUUUGAUAUUAGGAAACAUCAUAAGUGUAAUGCAUCAACGAAUCCCAAUUUUAAAUUAGGUAGAUGGAACGAUAUUGAAAUAAAUUUAUUUAAAAAAGCAAUCAAAGAACAUGGAAAAAGAUGGAUCAAGGUUUCCCAAAUUGUUGGCACAAGAUCUCCAAUUCAAUGUAUUCAGUUUUUUAAUAGAUGAAAAUUUUUCUAAUGUUCUGAACAGGAAAAUUUUUUUUCAAGAGGAUGUUACUUAAUCAAAUUUUUAAAAUUCGAUACACUAAUAAAAUAUUUUGAGUUAAUGACUUCCUGUAUCGGAAUUGUUUAAAAUAAUAGUAUAUUCUGAAAUAAAGACAUUAAAUACCUGUAGGCCUCGCC